GUGUAUAUCCACCUGAACCAGAUCUUGCUCAUACAUUAAAACCAAAUUGCUAUCCUAUUCCUGAUAAAUAUAUCAUAGAAACAACCUAUGGAAAGGAUAAAAAAACAGUUAUUUGUCAUAUAAACUAUAUUGCUAAACAUCCACAUUAUAAAAUUAUUUUUGGACCUGAUGAAGAUGAUUUCAUUUGUUCAAAUUUAUCACCUACAGCUGCUGCAAAUAAUUAUUUAAAAUUUUAUAAUCAGAACAAAAAGCAUUUAAAUCAGAUACCAGAACCUGAAUCUAAAAGCAAAAUGAAUGGUGUUCAUCUUUUUGGUUUGCAAUUAAAACAACUUAGAUAUAUUCGUGAAAAACAAAGAGAAAAAAUAAAGAUCAAACCAUUUGCAGAUUUAACUAAUAGAAUGCAAAUUAUACGAAAUAAAAAUAUGGGAAUUAAUUUGUUUUUAGAUUUUAAAAAUCAAAUUAAACAUAAUUAUCAUUUACAAGACAAUGUUAAAUUACAAGAAUUAACUUUUAGUGUUAAUGAAUCCAAAUUUCACAUUAAAUAUGAUCAAUCUAAGGAAUUAGAAAAUGCUCUUCAAAUUGCUAUAAUUAAAGAAAUAGAUACAAAUCAUAUUACUAGAGCUGCAUAUCGAACUCUUUCAGCUAUUGAACACAAUUUACCAAGAGAAAGUGCAAUUUCAGCAAGAAAAAAACAAUUAAAUGACGAAAUGAUUGCAAAAGGUGAUUUAGAUUUAGCACAAUCUACUAUUAAAAUCCGUAUUUCUAGAGAUAGUCAUAAUGUUGGAUAUAAAGUUAAACAAGUUAUGGUUACAUUUGCUAUACUUAAUAGCAAAUUUAAUAUUUAUAAACCUAGUUUGCAUUUUACUUUAAUUUUAUAUUCAGGAACAGAAAAAUAUGAAAUAUUAAAAGCUGAUAUGUCAUCUUUAAUUAAGGAUCUAGAUGAUAUUAAGAAUGGAUUUCAGCAAAUAGCAUGGAAUAUUACUAUAAGUAAAGAUAUUGACGAUAUUUGUCAAAACUAUGUACAAAGACCUGGCCAUCAAUAUGCACUAUUAUUUUCAAUGAUACCUAUUUGUAAUUAUGUUGUAGAUGAACUACAUUUAAUGCUAUGUAUCUGGGAUCGAUUGUGGACUCUUGCAAUAAGUGAAUUAUGUACUACAUGCAAAUUUACUGAAGAAAUACGACAGGAAAUUAUUAAUGAAAUGAAUCAUAACAAAUUAAAAGUUUUGCGCAAUUUUAAUUUGAAUACUAUGUUUGUUUCUCAAAGAGCAGCUAUUAUUAGAAAGCUAUGGGAUGGUUUUAAUGAAUUAUACGAAGAUAUAUAUAACCCAAAUAUAACUGGAAUAGUUUUUCAUGAAAAAGCUCGUAAGUGGUUAGAGCUUUUCUUGACACGAUCACAAGGCAAUGUCAAUUCAGUUGGAUUUACACAUAGGCUUUAUCAGCCAACAGAUAUUACUCCCUAUAUUCAUGUUCUUAUAUAUUAUGUACUUGAGUUUAUAGAUAAACAUCAUGAUAUUGGAUUUACAGCUUUUUCUUGCAGUGGAGUUGAAAAAAAAAAUCAUAAUCAUAUAUCACACUUUUUUCAAAAAAUGAUGAAAGGUGAAGGCAAAGAAGAAAUACGUAAGCCGGCAAUAAUGGAAAUAAUGGAAUAUGAAAAUCAGUAUGAUUUUUUUUAUGUUAACAAUAUAUCAUCAUAUUUUGAGAAGGAUACAACAAUUAAUAUCAAUAUAGAUGAAUUACAUCA